UUAAAUUGCCACUGGGCAAGUAGCAGCUAGGUAUACACUGCAUUCGGUUUGCUCCACUUCUCCCAAACUCGAACUCAGCAUGUCACUCAACGUUAUUUGAAUUCCCUUUAACUCAACUAAUGGCGGCUGCUAAUGCUUCCUAGUCAAUAGGUUUGCGAUAGUCACAACAACAGAGAAUAUGGACGAAGGACGCAACGUGAAUUUCGAGGAAUUUUCAAUAGAGGAAUUGGAAAGGCACCAUCAAUGGCUGAAACGACGGAUACAGCAGGCAGGCACUGCUGCCAAAGCCAACACGGCCAUUGCAAAGCUGGAGAGUGAAGUGGAGGGACUCGGCGAGGCCGAGAUCAAGCAAGGGAUUGAGGCUAGCCAGUCAAGGAUCAAGCAGUUGAAGUUGGACCUGGACGAAGCCGUUUCACAGCACAUGCUGAAACAACAAGCACUAGAUACGAUAUCGAUGAGCACAGCUGGCUACAACCAAUUGCUUCCACUUCCGGAAUCCUCUGAACUUGGAAGGAGAAAGAAGCCUGUGGCCGACAAGGGAAACGGAACUGUUGAAUUGAACGAUUUAACCGACCUGUACACCUCGCCCACUGCCAAGGAGAUGUGCCGGUUAGUUGUAGAGCAAGCCAGGCUCUCAUCAUGCCUUCUAGGCCAUGAACUGGAAGCGCGCCGACUUGAAGACCAGUGCUUGGAGCUACGCGUGAAAAUUGCAGGGGAGCAUCCGCAGCAUCGUAAGACCGUUGCACAAUGGAAGGCCAAGCAAGCGGACAAUUUUGAAGCACACCGGAAAGCUUCAGCAGAAGCAGCAAAGGACAGUGAUGAUGAAAAGCUGCAACAAGAGAGACUUCAUCGGUACACGUGCCGUGUGAUAGUCCUGCGUCAUAUACUUCAGUCACUGAUACUGGGCAGUAACCUGGACUGGCCAGACCUGGACAAGUGGCAGAGCGUAGCUCUAGAGUGCGGCAACUUACCUGAUCAAGACUGACGCAGUACCAUGUUGAACUACGCAUGCCGGGACCAGUACACAUGUAUGAUCAAGCCAGGCCAUCCGCAAGACAUCAUCUCUUUCACUUCAACUAGUGAUACUAUGGAUACAGUACUAUGUCACUGACUGCCACUGACCCUGCACAUGCCCUGCACAUGCCCUGCACAUGCCCUGCACAUGCCCUGCACAUGCCCUGCACAUGCGCUGCGUAAAAUCAGCUCUGUGUAUUGGCGUAAAACGUGGCCGUCUGGAAAUGACGUAUACAGUGUCACCACACUUGUUCAACGUGCUGCGGUGGAGCUGAACACUAUCCGAUAAUAUAUGGGUGCAGCCACAGAGCACCAAUUGUGGUCCAUCCGCAGUCGACACCUGCAUGGACAAUCUCACCAUGAUGUCCUCGCUACACGACAUGCGUGCGCUAUGUGGACAAUCUCUCUAUCUCACUGCGGGACAUGUGGGUGGGUGCGCUGUGUCAUGUGAAUGGUGACAUGCUGCUGGUCCCUUGCCGGCCUUGCUGCAUCACUGCAGUCGGAGGCCAGUGCCAGGGAGUGGUAAAAUACCGGUAUUUUACUACUCCCUCGACCAGUACCAGUCGUCGUGAUCCUGCAGCCCGGACAUUCAUUGGAAGAUGUGAUACAGUGAUACAGUGUGAGUAUCUUGUGAGCGUGCUGCAUGAUAACAGGUAACAAUGACAUUAUGUACGGCUGCAUGAUAACAGGUAACAAUGACAUUAUGUACGGCUGAAUGCUUACUGAACUGGAAUUGUAUUGUGAUGACAUCUACAAUGCUUAGCGAGCUGGGAUCGUAUUCGUAGAUUCAUGACGGUGUGUUCAAUGUUUAUGCGUGUUGAACUGUAUGAUUUCUAGUCACCAUGUA